AUGAACGACCUGGCGCCCAGAGGCCUGAUGAGCAAGCUGCCCUUCGCCGUCGACAAGGACGACCUCGACCUCCAGAAGGGCUUCGACCACGCAUUCUGGACGGGGUUGUCACCGCAGGGGGCCGUCAAGGGCAUGCAGUGCGGGCAUUCCUUCGUCGUCCGCGCGGCCACCGAGACGUCGGGCUGCAAGGGGAAGACCGUCCAGAUGAAGCAGCAGGCCCUUGCCAUCGCGAAGAGCAAGGCUGACCCGAAGGCCGCCGAGAGGACGCAGCUUGACACCCUCUCCGGCGAGUACUCGAGCUUCAACCAGAGGGUGGUCUCGGGGAUUGAGAUGAUGGUGGACCGCUUGGAGAAUGGCGAUUUCCCCCCUGUGAUGCACAACGUCGCGAACAAGUGCCAGGACAUGUGCCCCAGCAUGGAGCGCAUCACGAAGGAGUGGCGCCCCUCAGCUCGGCCGGCCGCCUCGCGAGGCGAGGGCGGAAUGCAAGAAGAGGAGAAGGCGGCCCUGGCUGAGACAGCCGCCCGCCACCAUGUUUCUCAGUUGUCGCGAGCCGAAGCCUCGGGACACUCCGACGCGCCCCAGCGCGGCCAAGUGUCCUCUGGCGAUUCGGACUAG